AUGAAGAGAACAAGAGGCUCUUUAAGGAAUACAGCCUCAGCGGAACCCAUAGCGUCUUCCAUACCGGAAGACGCUCCAGAAUGGCAAGAGUAUGUCGACGAGGACACCAUAACUCAAUGGUACAAAGUACAAAAUCCUCAUUUUGCAUUGAAUCAGGAGUUUAUUGAUGCCAGUGGCGGUUUGUUCCACUCCUGGUAUUACCAAUAUGUUAUUGCCUGGUUGUACAACGUCUGCGAAUCGUAUAAUACGCUAACAAAUCAUUCUGGUGAGGAUGACACUAACACGAGCACCACUCGUAAAUUUAUGUGGAAGGGAAUCAAGUUUGAUGAAUUCUUAUUUCUGAAAAAUCUUAUGGCAUACUCCCAGAACGACAAUGUGGAUUAUGGUAAGGCUAUAAGUAAUGAAGAAGAGGACGACGAAAACACUGAUGGGAUACUGACAUACUUGGAUUUCAAAUUGCGACUACUACAACAAUUGGCAAAUAAUAAAGGCACACAAUUGAAAGAUUGGGAUACUGUGAUAAAUUCGCACUUCGAGAACUCUAUUUACAAAGAUAAAGAGAUCAACUUGAAGAAGUUCGAAACUUUGUCCUUAACCGAUCAAUUUGAAUUUUAUUACUACAUGGUAAAGAUUAUUGAGAACAAGAACAUGGUGUUUAAGAAUUAUUUAAGCAAUAACAUGCAUCUUUUCCAAUUUCCCGAAUGUCAAAUUGAUGAAAUGACAACUAUUUUGGCGCUGCCUAAUAAUGGUGUUCUUGUUGAAAAAAAGAUAAUCACAAAACCAGAGGUUGGUCUUACCAUCCCAAUUAAGUUACAGAAUUGUACUAUAAAAGUGGAAACUCCUGAAUCUUUUGAAUUGAUUCAUUUGGAUUAUUCUAAUGAGAUUGGGUCAUAUUUGAAUUCUAUUGAAAUCCAAUAUAAUGUUUUAACUUAUAAUUGGGAAACAUUUCUAGAAUAUUGGGAUAAGGUUAAACAGUCUAAAGAUGAUAAUUCUGAUUUAGAACAAUUCAUUGUUGAUUCUAUACCGAUUUAUGUGGAUCACCAAAUCUAUUCAUCUAGAUUGUUGAUGCAAAUAGAAAAGGAGAAAUCCAUGGCAGAAUUGAUUACAAGGAGGAAAAGGUCAUCAAGAUUGGUGGCGAAAGAAGAAGAAACCAAGAAAAAGGAGGUCGAAGAUAAAUGGUAUAGUAAAUUAGAUGAAAGAAGCCAUUUUGAGAAGAGCAGGCAUAGAUCUAUCGUUAAACAGGAGAAAAGAUUGAAGUCUGUCAUCUGGAACAAAUUAUGGCAGUUGUUUGAGCAAGAUUUUAAAACUGAGAAAAUAAGGAGAAGGAAUUUAGAUUCCAAGUCGAACACAUCCACUCCAUUUGAGGAUACACCAGCUGCUGCCAGCACUGAUGAUGUCUUAAGCCCCAUCGAUUUGAAUGUGCUCGAAAAUGGUCCACAUUUCAAAGAAAUUUUGAUAAAGAAUGCAAACGUUAAUGCUGCAAAUUAUAUUCCUGGGGAAAAUGGCAUACUCGAAUUACCAGAAGAGUAUUGUGUGACCGAACAUGACCUAAAGGAAAUUGCAGCUUAUGGUAUUGAGUCAGAUUUCACUCAACCAGAUAAUAAAGAUUGGUUAUAUCAGUGUAAUUGUGACCCCGAACAAGGCACUCCAGUGGUAAUACCAGGUGACCAAGAACCUGGAGAUGUGAAUUUGAUUAAUAAGCCGUUAGUCUGUUGUGAUAUGUGCCUAAGAUGGCAACAUUGGGAUUGUCAGGCAGAAACAGUACUAGACUUACUCACUUUAGCCAAGCAACCGCCUGUUAAUAAUAAUAAGAAGGAUAAACUAAUGCCAUUAGCGCCCAUACAUGGAUUAUCCCAGCGUGAUUUUGGUGUAGUAUUACUAGGUCAAGUCCACGUUUACACAACCCAUAGUAAUAGAAGGUCAACUCGUCAAAGGGUUGAGGAGGAGGAUUUCCAUGAAGAAAAAUCGGAAUGGAGGCCUACUGAUAAAAGGAAGCCAUUUGGAGAGUGUGUUCCAUUUAUAUGUGGUUGGUGCUUGCAAAAGAUGGAGAAAGAAUUGAGAGAUGUAUUUAUUCCAGAAUUGAGGAUUAUCAGGGCGAAACAGAAGAAGCAGCACGAUGAUCGUGAACGAAGAAAGAGAGCCAAAGAAGAGAAGAAGAGAUUGGAGGAACUACGACUACAAGAAGAAAGUAAGAUAAAUAGUGUGCCAACUUUUCCACAGGCAAAUGUUGGUUUUGUGUCCAAUCCUCAAGCACCAAAUUUGGCAUACCCUCCUAAUGGACAAAUUCCCAAUCGUCCACUUGACAAUGGAGCAACUCCACUAACAUCAAUAUACAACCCACCAGUUAUAUCACAAACACUGGGAGUGACCCCUACAUCUUUUGGAAAUGCAGGCAUUCCAGUCCCUACUACGCAGGUACUGCCGAUUAACCAUUCACCUGGCUUGGAGAGUAGUAAUACAGUGUCCCUGGCUUCACCAAAGAUAAUGGAUACGAAGCCGUCGACUGUUCCCUCCCAGCUGGUAUCAAAUGGCGUAAGUAAUCUACCCCACCACAAGGAGAACCAAAGUACCCACCCAUAA